AAAACCCCUGAAUGUCAAACAUCUUACAAGUUCAAAAUUGAACAUGUUCUUGAUCUUCUUAGAUACAACAUAAGGCCAAAACUCAUUGGCGAAGAACCAAGAGGAUGUCAGAGCCAGAUGAUUCAUUCAAUAACAGAACUAAAAAAAGGGGGUGUGAAAACUAAAGCAUGUGAGAGUAGAGAAUUGAUGGAUAUAAGCUUUGGAAAAAAAUGGGGAAUUAUGGUAAAGGAACUAACUAUUCCACCUUUGUACAUUGGUGAUCACAGAGGUACUGUUUUUCGCAACAUAGUUGCAUUUGAAAAAUGUCACAAGAGAUGCAAUCUAGACAUGACAACUUACAUGUUUUUCUUAAACAGACUCAUAAACUCAGCUAAUGAUGUUUCUGCUCUUCAUUAUAAAGGGGUUAUUCAUCAUUCUUUAGGAAGUGAUGAACAUGUCGCGGAAUUGAUCAACAACAUAGCUAAAGAAAUAGUUCCUGAUAUGAAUGAGUCAUAUUUGUACAAAGUGGUGAAUGAGGCGAAUGAGUAUUUGGGUUGUUGGCGUGCGAGAUUCAGAGCUUCGCUUGUUCAUAACUAUUUAACAAGUUGGGCUGUGGGACUUUCUACAAUAGGUGCUCUUUUGGCUCUUUAUUUUACAUUCAUACAAGCUAGUUUUACCUUGCAAUCUCUUCUUGUAUUUAUAUAA